AGUGAAGGAGCUAGUGCCAACCUUCCGCCAGUGAUUCGGUCAAGACCUUAGCUUGUUAUUGUAUAACGUUCUUUCAAGUUUCAUUAUGCAGUUGAAGUUAUUGUUCGUUGUACUCAUCGUGGUGACAGUGUGUUACGAUCUCUUCUACCGAUUGUCUUAUUCCAUGUGAACGUGCAACCCGUUGGUGCGGCUGCAGGUCUCUCUUUCUGGAUCUCUCUCUUCCUCUUUUCUCUCUCUCCCUGUGUCUCUCUCACUGUGUCUCUCUCUCUUUCUGUUUUCCUCCUUCUGUCUCUAUCCCAGUCUGUCUCUCUCUCUCUCUCUCUCUCUCUCUCUCUCUCUCUCUCUCUCUCUCUCUCUCUCUCUCUCUCUCUCUCUCCUCCUCCUCUUCCUCCUCCUCCUCCUUCUCCUCCUCCUCCUUCUCCUAUCUAUCCAUCUAUCUAUCUCUCCUCCUCCUCCUCCUCCUUCUCCUCCUCCUUCUCCUAUCUAUCCAUCUAUCUAUCUACCCAUCUAUCUAUCUAUCUCUCUUGCCAUUCUACGCUACGGUUCUCUUUCGUUGACGAUAACGUUAUAUUGCAAGAAUGGCUGCUGGCGGGAGGAGGUACGACUACAAGUAUGUGCUGACAUUUUCUCCGCCUCCGCGUUGCUGCCUCGCCGCUGGAGACAUAGAACGGGCACUUGAAGAACUUGGACUACGGGCAAGGGUGGAGAAUGCCAGGGACACCGAUCAAUCGUUCCGGGUUCUGUGGCUAGACCCCAGUACCGAUACACUGCCACUGCCAGGGUCCGCGGUGAGCCUUGUGAUCAAUGGACGCACAUACACGGCAACUAUCCGCCCAACACACGAGCAUGGCCGCGCGGACAGUAUCCCUCUUUCACAGCAGGUUUCGGAACGUGAUCAUGAUAACGUAGGCGGUGUGCAUGUGCAGCAGAGACUGCAUUUGCCAUCAGGUGCAAAUGGCACCGAAGCUGUCAGCCACACGCAGCAAGCACGGGUCAGUGGCUAUGCGAGCCGAAGAGGGAGUGAAAGUCGCUCAAGCGGGCGCAGCAGACUGCCGCCUCCUGUUGCCAUCCUGGACAGAGCACAGUCAUCUGGACCUGUACCUUUGCAUGGACGGAGAGAAUGUUGCACAUCUGGCAGUCAGGUGACUGGGGAAGAUGAGCACGUCAAGCGCCUCCUGUUUGCUGGUGUCCCUGACGGCACUUGCAAGGAAGCGCUAUUCAGCUUAAUGCAGCUGUGUUCAGUGGAAGGCAUCGCGUCUGUCAGCAAUGUCGUGAAGAAGCGAGUUGUUGUCGAGUUCAAGCAAGAAGUCGAUAUCACUGCCACAAGGGAAAGGUGCCGUCAAAUCAACGAGACAUUUGGGCACAACAUCACUGUUGGAACAGUCCCAGCUCCUCGUCAUAUACUGGUGACCUAUCAACUAGAGAGAGAACGUGUAGCAGAGCGGGCAAUGGAAGCAUUUCAGUGGUUCCAACCCGUUGCAUCUAAGAUGCAAUCAUUGUGCUCGGCAAUGCUUACUUUUAAAGACGCGGACGUUGCUCGCGACGCUUGCUCAAGUCCGGUAGUCCACCAAAACGGAUUGGCGGCCACGCUGCUGUAUCAAGGCCUGGACAUUCCAACACCCGCAGAAGAGAGGGGAGCGGACACUGAGGCCUGGUUGCCUUCAGAUGUUUUCGUACGAUUCCAACAGGAGCACACACUGGCCAAGCUUCUUACAUUGCCCGACAAAUCUCGUUUAAUGCCGCUGAUAACAUCUCUCAACGACGUGCUUGCCGAUGCUAUCUGCUCCAUUACCGAGUAUGGUUUCAAGUUCUCACCAACUCGAUCUGCGGCGUUCAACCCGAUCUGGAAGAAAGCAUUAGAUGUGGCCAUGAAAUUCUGGUGGAAGUCUGUCCAGCCUGAGAUUGAUAUUCGUCCUCUGGAAGCACCAGCGGAAUACCUGGAUUGCAUCAUCAGUGAUGUGAGGACAACGAUGGAUCUUCCGGCGAAUACAGAGAUCUAUGCCAACGACACCAAUGGUACUCUUGAAAUCAUUAGCAUUGGUUCCAAAGUUCUAUCAAGAGUCCAGCUGCUCAAACCCAAAAUUGAGAAGGCGAUUUCUGCAUAUUCGACACACCAGGACAGCUUGUACGUCGAGACCUGCAAGCUGGAUGUGUUGAGGAUGACUCAGCGUCUCAACCACAUUGAGCAGAGUCACAUGGUGAUGUUUGACUAUAAAAAUCAGGUGGAGAACGUGACAUCAACGCCCAUCACCAUCACUGGAGUACGGAAACACAUAGAAUCAGCAAAGACUGACCUUCAGGCCACAGUCAAUGCACUGAUUAGAGAGGAGGCACCCUGGACAUCAGCCGACCUAGUUGGACUAAUGGCGACCGAGUGGGGCAUUGAGUAUGGCAGAAUACACCUCCUCCAGCGACGAUGUCCGGGCAAGCUUCAACUCCACAAUGGGAAAGUCACGGUGCUUUGUCACAAUAAGGAUGUGGAAGAAGUUUUCAAAGCGCUUACUGAAGUCGGACAGGCCCUGAAGAUUGUGCGAAUUCCACUGAACAAGCCACGGAUGAGAUAUCAACAAGACGCUGUUUGCAACUGGGCACAUUCCAGCACAAGACGUCUUGUCGGCACUCGCCUGGACACGCACAGCUCGCCACAAUCCCUGCUGGUCUUCGGCGAGGCCGAAAGUGUCGACGCAUGCUCUGAACGUAUCCAGUCUUACCUUGACGGGAAAGUGAACAAGAAAUGGACUGUAUGCAGGUAUGGUCCAUGGGAUGAUGGCUCCUUCAAAGACUAUAUGUGCUGGACGAAGGAAGCCGUUGGAAAAGCCUUGGUGGCCCAAUUCGGCGACACCUCAGUCAAUAUCCACAUCACGGGCGAGUCAGUUGAACUCACCGGUCCUGAGGAUGAAUUGGAGUUCGUUCGGGCACAGUUUGAGGACAGUAAGGCCCAGUACAUGGCUGUGCAAGAGGAUGUGACUGAGUACGGUGUUGCUCUUUUCGCACAACCGGGCAUCAGAGAACAACUUUCCGACAUUGCUCGAAAGAACGACGCGCAUCUGCAACUGCAGCUCGUUCCUCGCGCCCCCACAGAGCUGGAAAAAUCCAGGGGGAGAUCUGACCCUGUUCGUAUCAAUGCCAAUGGAGACGAAAGCCGACAUCCAACCAUGCCCCAACAUGGUGGAGAACGAGUGGACGCUGUCAAGGUCUUACUCAGUGGACGGCCCGACUGUGCUCAGGAAGCCUGGGAAAUGAUCCUGGACUUCAUUCGUAUCAAGCUGAGGACAUCGGCCACCUAUAACACCGAACCUCUCUCCAGUGGUGAGUUGGAGAGGUUUGUGGAAAUGGCAGCACAGGCUGGGAUGGAAAUUUACGUCAACGGUGAUUCUACUAGCAUCCAGCUCCAUGGCCUUUGCGACAUUGUUUCUAGCACAGAAUUGACACUACAAUGUUACCUGAAUACAGCACAGCAGCUGAAAACAUGCAUUCAACUACACAAGAGUUGCUGCAUGGGGCAGGACUCCCAGUCUAGGGUCGGUCUUGACGAAGAAGAUGACAGGCAAGUAGUGGUUGAUGCACGUAUGGACCAGGCUACUGGUUCACACGAUCUGCUCGGUACAGCGGUUGAACUCAGCCGGCAGGAUGCACCCAGUGAAGUCCUUUGUGUGGACUGGCCCACCGCGGCAUUGGCAGAAGAGGCUGAGCAGUCACCCUGCACAAUUUCUCACGCUGCAUCGCACAGAGUUGAGGAUAUGCCGCUGUGCGGCCAAUCGCAUCUUGCUCGUCAUCCACCACAUCCCCCGGCUUGUGAACCGCCAGAUCUGUCCGCUCAGUAUCCACCUGACCCACGGGUGCCUCGGAGUCUCUCCCGUUGCCAGGCUGCUGAACCCACUGCUACCGGUCCAGCAGCAGCAGCUCCAGCUAUUGAUCAGACCCAGGUCGGCGGUAUACAGGAAUCCUGUCCUCAAGAUCACCCGCGUGGACGCUAUGCAUCUAUGCAAAGCCUCUUGCCAGCUGCCAAAGUUGCUAUUCAUCUGCUGCUGCUGGCUUUGGUGUACAUGGAUACGAUUGUGCAUAUGUGACUGAUAACACCAGAUUUGCUGUAAGCCAGCCUGUAUGGGUAGUUGUGUCACUGAUUUUUGUCUCUCUUGGGCUUUGCAAUGCAGCCUCUCAGAUACCGUUCAGUUACAUGCAGUCAACAGAAACCUAAUUCUUACGCCUCUGCCAUUCUGUCCUGCAGAUACGCGCAUUCCAGUUGUGACUCAUCAUUCUGUUGCGACUAUGCAUUGGCAUUGCCUGUGCUCUGUACAAGUACUAUACCCAGUCAUGCACAGUCAUGUACUUACAAUGUACACGUGUAGUGUAAGUGGCAUUUUAGCAAUCACAGAACAGAAGAUUUGUUCAAUGUACGUCAAUUUCAGUACUCUGUCAGUUUUGUGCCUAGUUCAGUAGUUGUUGCACUUUCUGACUGUAUUAUAGUAUCUAGUUACAGUGGUGGAGAGUUACUCUUAACUCAUUUCCAUAAUGUCCUUUUCCUUUCUGCUUUUAUUAUUGGCUCAAUACCCGAGUUUCAAAUUUCAAUUAUACUAUGAAAUACCAAAGGCGUUAUGCCGUCAUCAA